CCUUCUGUCCCUCCGCCCGCCCGUCCGUCGCCGAUGUCCCUGGGCACGAUGAAGGAGUUGGAGCAGGCGCUGCAGGCCGUGGACUGGCUGCAGGGCCAGCGAAUCGCCGUGGACCACGUGCAGGGGAUUCUGCAGCCCGUCCCCACCUGCCGCACCUGGGACCGCAUCUGGGCCUUCCGGGCCAAGCCCCAGGACCUGCUCAUCGCCACCUACCCCAAAGCAGGGACGACGUGGACCCAGGAGAUCGUGGACAUGAUACAACAGGAUGGGGAUGUGGAGAAGUGCCAGCGUGCGCCCACUCACCUCCGGAGCCCUUUCAUCGAGUGGAUCAUCCCUCCGCUCCCGUCCGGUGUGGAUUCGGCUAAUACAAUGCCCUCGCCUCGCAUCCUCAAAACCCAUCUUCCUGUGCAAUUGUUGCCUCCGUCCUUCUGGGAGCAAAACUGCAAGAUCAUCUACGUGGCCAGAAAUGCCAAGGACAACUUAGUGUCCUAUUACCAUUUCCACAGGAUGAAUAAAGCGCUUCCUGAUCCGGGAACAUGGGAUGAGUUCUUUGAAAAUUUCCUGUCUGGGAAAGUGUGCUGGGGAUCCUGGCAUGACCAUGUCAAAGGAUGGUGGGACGUGAAAAGCAAGCACCGUAUUCUCUACCUCUUGUUUGAGGACAUAAAGGAGAACCCGAAACGGGAAAUUCGGAAGGUGGCGGAGUUCAUGGGGAAGGAGCUGCCCGAAGAGGUUCUGGACAAAAUCGUCCAUCACACCUCGUUCGACAUCAUGAAGGCGAAUCCCAUGGCCAACUAUUCUUCGAUCCCUUCCCAAAUGAUGGAUCACUCCGUUUCCCCGUUUAUGAGAAAAGGAGAGGUCGGAGACUGGAAGAACCAUUUCACAGUGGCCCAGAACGAGCGAUUUGAUGAAGACUACCGCAGGAAAAUGGCCAACACCUCUCUGGUGUUCCGCGAGGAUUGCUAGGAGAGGCAGCCAGGGUCCCCGUGGGGAGGGGGGAGCCCCGGCCUGAGAGCCGAUUUGGGAUUGGGAUCGGAAUCAUCGGUUAGAUCAAAUAGAGGUAACCGGACCCGACGAUUGAAUUAGAUUAAUAUCAAGAGCAGCCGGGAGGUUUCCAAGAAAGAGGCUUGGCGGGGUGGGAUUUGAGACGAAGGGCCCCCGCUGAUCAAUCAAUCAAUCAAUCGUAUUUACUGAGCGCUUACUGUGU